UCCUUCCAAGAACCAGUGCAGGAGCAGACACACACAUCCACGGACAAAGAGGAGCUCUGAUCACCGACCUCACCUCAGCACAGCGCCGGGAUCACUGGACCAUCACACAGGCCGGCAGCGAGACACAGAGAUCAGAAAUGGGAGGAAGCAGUUCCAGCCAACAGGCGGCUCAGUCUGAGACCCCCACAUUCUUCACACAGGAAGAGAUCAGCAAACUGAAGUCCGAGUUUGAAACGGGUGGUGUGGAAAAGGUUCAACCUUUGAUACAGAAUAAAAUCAAAGAACUGAACAACACCGAGUUGAACAUCGCCAUGACGGGAGACACGGGUGCAGGAAAAUCCACCCUCAUCAACGCCAUGAGAGGGCUUUGUAGCAAAGAUGAGGGAGCGGCUGCAGUUGGGACCACGGAAACUACAAUGGAGCCAACCGGAUACCCACAUCCCAAUCUGCCCAAUGUCCGCUACUGGGACCUGCCGGGGACCGGAUCUACACGAUUCACCGCGGGUUCCUACCUGAGGAAAAUUCAAUUUCAAAAAUACGAUUUCUUCAUCAUAGUGUCAGCUUGUCGAUUCAGGGAGAAUGAUGCAUACCUUGCCAAGGAGAUUAAGCGGCUGGGGAAGAGGUGCUAUUUUGUCCGCUCUAAGAUUGACGUUGACCUUAAUUCUAUGCGGAGAGAAAGGAAAGAAUUUGAUGAAGUUGCAGAAAUGGAAAUUAUCCGGAGUGACUGCGUUAGUGGUUUGGGAAAAGCCGGGAUCCCAAAUCCCACCGUAUUCCUGAUUUCCAGUUUUGAUCCGGAUCGGUAUGAUUUCAAUCGGUUAAAGGAAGCACUUGAAGAUGAUUUAACGAAUGUAAAGAAAAUGGCCUUUAUUCUGGCCCUUCCUAUAGAAAGUGUAGAGAUUGUUCGAAAGAAAAAUGAAAUACUGAAGAAGAACAUCUGGAUAUGGGCGACUCUCUCUGGAGGAGUGGGAGCGAUCCCAAUCCCUGGGUUCUCUCUCGCUUGUGACAUUGGGAUAUUGAUUGGAGCAAUAAUACAUUUCCAGAAAUGUCUGGGUCUUGAUGAUGCUUCUCUUCACCGACUGGCCAACAGAACAGGUAAACCUGUGGAAGAGCUAAAGGCUGCAGUAAAACCUCAUCUGCUGGGAGAAAUAACUCCAGAUAUCAUUGUGAGGAUAGGUUGGGGAACUGCUGUUGUUACCGUGUCAGCCCUGGAACUAGCUCUCGACGUUGUUCCAGUCAUUGGUUCCAUUUUUGGAGCAGGUUCAUCAUUCCUCAUGACCUUCAAGAUACUGCGAGAUGCGCUGAAGGAUCUGACGGAGAAUGCGGAGAGGGUGGUGAGGGCAGCGUUUGAAAUUAAUUAACUGCUUUGCAUUUACAUCGAUUAAUGGGGGGAAAGUUAUCCCGUUUGUACAGGUGACGAGUCAUUUCAAAUUUCACCAAAACUUUCCCUAAAAAAACUCCCGCAUUAAUGAUCAAAGGUCACCCUUGACAAUUGAUUGAAAACACUUGCUUUCUUAUAUACCGUCUGUAUCCAGCCUGUUUAUACCUUGUCCAGGCAUUCCUCAAUCUAGCUAGAUACAGCCUCAGUUUGAACCAUGUUAUUUCAUGUGUCAGGGACUAUGAAGGCACAAAAAACACCUAAUUGUUGACAUGAAAUAUGUGUGGUAGUCCUUCCACAGAAACGUUUUGGGAGAAAACAUAUGAAUGACAUUGUAUAUUGGGGAUGAGUUAUUGAUUUUACUGAUUCUUCAUCUUACCGUGUGGAUUAAAAAAUUAACUACACAAAGUGGUUGUGAAAAAUAACUGAAAUGAAAGCCUGGGGUUAGAAAUAGCAGAUCAAUCAGUUUCUAAGAUGAGAGAAAGUGCUCUGAUCAUUCCAGUCAACAAAUUUAUCUUGGAUUUGACAAAUUCCCCCCAAAAAAUCACAGACUAUAACCCAAACUGAAAACCGGUUGUUUGCCGAGUAAGGCCAUUGUGGGAAUGAAGUGGAAGAUUCCUUUGUGAUGGAUGGCGGUGUCUAUUCAUCUACAGGAAAUGGACCCUUAUCCCUUAUCAUGUAUCUGUACACCGUGAAUGGCUCGAUUGUAAUCAUAUAUUGUCUUUCCGCUGACUGGUUAGCCCGCAACAAAAACAUUCCACUGUACCUCGGUACACGUGACACUAAACUAAACUAAACUAGAUAUGAACUACCGAGUAAUAGGAAAAGCAGUGGACAAUAAUUUGGAUGAAACACAUUGCAAAGGCCAGGUACAGUGGGAGGAAGGGGUGGGAGCUUGUUACACCAUCACACUGAACUAUGCUGCUUCAUCACUGACUCAGUAAACAGAUGGAUGUCAGUGAUCUGAGAAAUUGUAUCAGGGUAAGGAUUAGGACUGUUCAUUUACGCUGUAAUUAAUUUACAAUAUUCAGAAUGUUUCUAUUGUUAAUGCAUAACUGUGCCUUAAGACGUGUUUUACCCGAUGUAAAUGGUUCUGUAGUAAAACCUCAUGUGCAAGACAACAAUGACUGUGUUAAAGAUUCUGGGAGAUUACAUGGGGCAGUGAGGGAAUGGGUUCAAAUAUUCUGUUUUUUUAAACAUCUUUCAUCAUUAAAGUCGGAAACAUCUACCGAA